AAGUAUAGGCUACGCUUAGUUUACCAACAUGCAUAGAUAAGGAACGGUGUAUUUAAGUAAAUAAAAAAGUAUAAACAAAAAUACAUUCAGUUAAACACAAUUAAGUUAACAAUAUUUACACUUUUUACAAAAAUAAUUAUAAUUUUGUUCCAACUGUUAACGUCCAUCCAGCUUUUUGAUUGGAUAUUAAUCUGUAUCAUAUGAAAAUGCAAGAAUUAAAAAUUUUCAUGAAAUUAUAGUUAAGAAGAAAGAAUGCCUCAUCUAGAAGAACAAGUAAACAAAACUGUGAUUGUAAAUUAUGAGAAGUUAGCAGUAAAUGGAAGUGUAGCUGUCUAUGCUGAUGGGGGCAGAAGCCUUGUCAUUGGGAUCUGGACUUUUGUUGCCCUUGUUGUUUUUAUUUCCUACAUUGUUCACUGGAUACAGGUUAUCAAGUAUAUGCGGAGAAGGAAGAAUGAGAUGAGAGAGGAUGGAAGAGAAGGGUUGGAGAAGGAAAAGGGAAGCUUCCAAUCCUUCUCCAGGAUAGAUCCAGACCUACCAUACUUUAAUAUCAAGCAGCUGGAGAGACAGACAACUUCGUUCUUUGAUAUUGGAACAGAAGAUGACUAUAGAGAAGUUGUGAGAAAAACUUGGGAGAGACGACUUUCUUCUGGAACGAUCUAAUAUAAAGUACAAGGAGUACUAGGAGACCUAGGAGUACCAGGAGUACUAGGAGUACUAGGAGUCCUAGGAGUACCAGGAGUACUAGGAGUACCAGGAGUACCAGGAGUACCAGGAGUACAAGGAUUACCAGGAGUACCAGGAGUACCAGGAGUACUAGGAGUACAAGGGGUACUAGAAGUACCAGGAGAAAGGAUUACUAGGAGUACUAGGAGCACUAGUACCAGAAGUACCAGGAGUACCAGGAGUACCAGGAGUACCAGGAGUACCAGGAGUACCAGGAGUACAAGGGGUACUAGGAGUACCAGGAGAAAGGAUUACUUGGAGUACUAGGAGCACUAGUACCAGAAGUACCACGAGUACCACGAGUACCAGCAGUACCAGGAUUACCAGGAGUACCAGGAGUACUGGAGUACUAGGAGUAUGAAGAACAUCAUCUUCACAUGGAGUACUAUUAUAAAAGCAAAUCAUUACACAUGUAUUAUAAAAUCGUAUGGUGCAUAUCUUUCAGUUGUAACCUGUGUCUAUCUACAGGGUGUCCCAAUAAACACGGGAAUUGAGAGACGACUUGAAAGUCAUCUUUGAUCUCUAAUAUUUGAUGCAUGGCAAAGAAAAUAUAGAAAAAAGGCUGUCCGUCUCACGAGCUAUUCAUAAAGUGGUCUGCACCUUUCUUGUAACUUAAAAAUUGACGAACAUAUUAAAUAUUAAGAUAAUUUUGAUUUUUUUAAAUAAAUUGAAAUUGGAAGAUUCAAAAAAGGUAGACCACAAUUUGAAAAUCUCAAGACCAGGCGUUUCGAUAUUACAUAUUUAAGCUGGAAAACUGCAAUAAUUGUGUUCAUGAAAAAAUGCCUCAUUGAUCGAAGACGUUAUUAAAGUCAUCACCGAAUUCCCAUGUUUAUCGGGACACCCUGUAAAAUCAAGAUCAUACGUAACAUUAACAGAAGAAUAUUCAUUAUUAUGCAAUAUGUACGGGUGUCCCACGGGGGGGCUGGAUCUUAGCUACCUCUCCGUGUGUAUUGGCCUGAGUGUACAGUUGGGAUAGAUUACUGAUAGGGGAUGUUAAGAGAUUAUGGCCUAUUCAUACAGUACAAAUAUCAAAUAAGCAGUACGCUUUCGGAGUACAAAUGUAUGG